AUGUGCAAAGAGCUUGUCCAUGACUCGAACCGUGAAAGAGGUCGCGCUCCACUGCCAACAAGAUGUAUUCGUGUCGAUAAAUCAACGUCCCUACCCAAUAGACUUAACUACAGCUUAGAAGAGACUGGAGGUAGGUUGGGCGAGUACGUAUCUCUCAGUCACCGCUGGAGUAACCCCGAGACGCCGCGAUCAAGUACAUACCUGCGGAACUAUCAUCGUCUUGUGGCCCUCAGUGGUGUUGCACAAGAAUUCACUACUCAAGAGUCGUCUACUAAGCUGGUCUGUAGGCUCAGGCCGUGGUGUUUAGGAACUGACUUACUCUGGAAACAAGAUACAGCGGGUAUACAUUCCCGCUAUAUCGAGUUCCCCUCUUGGUCAUGGGCCUCGGUAAAUACGUCAGUCUCUUGGAUCAGGACGGGUGAUGCGACAGACUCCUUCAGCGCUCUUUCUGUUUCAUCUACUCCAGGUGGUCGUGCUACAUCAUCUGCUAAAACUGGCGGAAAUAGCACGUCACCCACUAGCACACCAUCCGGUACUGCUCUCCAGGCUAUAGCGACUCCUUCGUUUGCACUGGAGGCUUCUAUGAAUACUCUAAAUAUUCGUUGUCGUCUUUUGACCGUUUCAUUUGGUUCGGUCCUGGAAGAAAAGUCCAGAGAUCUUGUUCUAAGAGCUAGUCGAUACCCAACAGAAGAACUGCCGUCUACCAGACAACCAUGA